AGUAUCUUUGGAGCGUUUUUAAUUUCGGUGUUACCAAACUUUUGAAAGCGCGCGUUGGGAGCAGUGUCCUUUCUGGUAGCAUUUCGCACAUUUAAUAUUUUGCAUUAGAAGAUUGAAGUGUUGUUAUGUCCACGCCAACAAAAAUAAUAGCUAACAGUGAAAAUGAUCAUCGGACACCACAGAAGCCGGCUACGGGAAAGACAACAAAGACACCAUCUUCGAAGAGUUUAAAAGCAGUGGAGAACAUAAUGCAUCACAACAGUGGCACAACUGAUGAAACCGUAUCCUCGUCCGGCACGGAAGGUGCUGAAAGUAUUAUUGAUGUUGUUGUGGAAAAUUCUAGCGAGGAGAAUGUUCAUGACGUUACACAUGUACGUCGCUCCGGAAGGGUGCCAAGUCCCACAAAGAAAUUUCUAAGUGGUGACUAUGUUGUUGAUCAAAUACCCGGCAGUGGGGGUAAACGCAAAGAAGUGGAAAGAAAACGUCGUAAUAAAAAUGAUGAAAUAACCGACGAGGAUGAAGAUGACGAGGAGGACGAGAAUUCUGAUUUGGUAGCAGUAGCUAAGACUAAACCAGGUGAUCUUCAGUUAUUGCUUGAUGAGGGCGAUGUCGAGGGAAAGGCAAUGUUUGGUUUUAAUACUCCCAAAAAGAAGGGUGCGAUGGCAUUGGCUGCUAUGAAUACGCCAAAAGGGCUGGCAACGCCUAAGACGCCCAAGACACCUGGCAGACUGGGUAAGACACCAGAUGCCAAAAAGUCAAGGAAGUCUACUCUGGAACCUAAAACUCCAUCGCGGGUAAGGAGUAAAGUUAAAAAUCAGAUUGCUAAAAUGGUUCAGGACGAAUCGGGUUCCGACUUUUCAGGCGAUGAAAGUGAUUUCCAACCCUCUGGUAGUGAAAGUUCAUCAAGUGAUAAUGAAUCUUCAGGUCCCGAUAAUGAAGCCGAUGAUGAGCCCAAAACACCUUGCAAGAGUCGCCGUUCUAUUGUGGUACCCAUUUUACCAAAAACACCCUCUGCUGCCCGUUUAAGGCAAUCGGCGAGAGUUAAGAAAUCCGCCGAUUAUGUACCGGAAAGUGAUGGUUACUUUCAAUCACAUUCCAGCGGAAAAAUUCUAACAUCUGAUCACACAUUGGAUCGCCUGAAGACUCCUCGACUGCCGGCAGACCGCUUAUUUUCUUUAUUGGCUGAAAUGAAAGUUUCCGCAGAACAUGAAACCUCGAUAAAUGCCAUAAUGGAAGAAUAUAAGUCUUAUUUUCCCAAAUGGUUGUAUAUUCUCAAUGAAGGUUACAACAUAAUGCUAUAUGGCCUUGGUUCAAAACGUCAACUGUUGCAGGCUUUUCAUAGAGAGGUGUUAUCGAAACAACCUGUAUUGGUUGUUAACGGAUUCUUUCCCAGCUUAACACUAAAGGAUAUACUUGAUAGUAUAACUAAUGAUAUUUUGGAUGCCGGUAUUAGCCCGGCUAAUCCGCAUGAAGCUGCCGAUAUGAUUGAAGAGGAAUUUGCAUUGAUUCCUCAGACACAUUUGUAUUUAAUUGUACAUAACUUGGAUGGUUCUAUGUUGCGAAAUGCAAGAUCUCAAGAGAUUUUGUCACGGUUGGCUAAGGUUCCAAAUAUUCAUAUGCUGGCGUCGGUGGAUCAUAUUAACACUCCGUUAUUAUGGGAUCAAACGAAGUUAAGCAAUUAUAAUUUCUCCUGGUGGGAUUGUACCACAAUGUUGCCAUACACCGAUGAAACAUCCUUUGAAAACUCCUUGUUGGUACAGAACUCCGGAGAGUUGGCAUUGUCCUCAAUGCGUAGUGUAUUCCUAUCACUUACCACCAACAGUCGUGGCAUUUAUAUGAUUAUUGUAAAACAUCAGCUUAAAAAUAAGGGAAAUCCUAAUUAUCAAGGAAUGCCCUUUAAGGAUCUAUAUUGGAGUUGUCGUGAGGCGUUUUUGGUCAGUUCAGAUUUGGCAUUGAGAGCACAGCUAACUGAAUUUUUAGACCACAAAUUGGUCAAGUCCAAACGUAGUGUAGAUGGUUCGGAACAGCUUACAAUACCCAUUGAUGCACAAUUGCUGCAACAGUUUUUGGAUGAACAAGAAAAGAAAUAGCAUUUCAUUAUCUGCGUAUGUUUCUCUAAAACGAUUUCAAAACAAAUUUACACAAAAAUAUUGCCUUUAUUUUUGGUUAGAAAAUAUAAAAGAAACAAGAUAAAGUUUUUAUAUCGUUUUAAAGGAACUACCCCUAAGGAUCAUAGUUUUCGUUACAUUAUUUACAUGUUAUAUUUAUUUAUUAUAUUUUUCCAUAUUAUAUUUAUCAUUGUACUUUCCUAAGUCCAAAUUGGAUUUUAAACAGAACAGCUCAAAUUAUUUAAAUUUUUUAAACUACUGCAUAUUUUUUCAAAUUGUUGAUCUGUUCCAGAAUCUGCAAGAAUCUACUAUUUUUUGCAUUUUUUCCGUUUUCAUAAAGGGAAAAUCGGUUAUCCUAGUAAAAACAUUUACAUUCUUGCAGUUCUGGAACAGACUGUGUAUAAAUUUAAUAAUAACAAUAUUAUUUAGUGGUAUUUUGAAUAUUUAAACAUGAGUACAAAAACAUGAAGCUGUCCCGCAAAUCUAAUAAAAGUCAAAACAAAUA